CGGCAGGGUCGCGCAGGGCGCUGGGAGUUUCUCCGCGGGCUCCGAGAGCGCUGAGGAGAAGCUUCUGUUGUUGGAGCGUCCGUGCGAACGCGUCCGAGAUCUCGGCUUUAGAGGUCUCGGUUUCUUGCGGCCGACCGUUUGGCUCUCUGAAGCCCUUAGUUCACGUCUCGAGAGGAUCCGCGGUGUAACCCGGUCUGCCCGAAGUCUCUCUGGUUUCCAGCGGGUUGGUGCUUCCUAGAGCUUGAAAUACUGUUGAGAUAGUGGCUGUGCAAGAAUCCACUUUCCUCAGGGGCUUCAGAUAUCGACCGCUGUGACUGACCACGUCAAUUAGAUGCUGAUGCUUGUGGCUAUUCCUUCAUUCUUCACGAAACUGUGAUAGAGCAGCUAUGCCCGUUCAGUUGCUGAAGAUUGUGAAAGAACAAUCUGAGAUUCCACUGCCAAGCCAUUUGCAAAAUGAGGAUUUGAAACACUUGCAAGAAGGCUGUGAUCAUACCAACAAAUAUAUUCAGGGAAUAGUUGUUCUUUCCUACCCAUUAACAAAACUCAGAGAUGGGACAGACUUUUUCAAGAUUGUUCUUCAAGGUUUGGAUGACUUGUGUUCCCGGAUGAACAGCAUCAAUAUUUUAAUAUAUGGAAAAAUGGCAGAGGAUUGUGCAAAAGUUAUACGCCACGGGGACACCUUCAUAGUUGCAGGAUUUAAGGUGAUAAAAUCGCCUACAGCGAGGGAGGAUGGUAGACAUGGUUGUCACCUGGAGGUGUCUGAAGAAGCUGGAUCAGACAUUUAUUGUCUUCAAUGUCAUAAUCAGAUUUACACUAAACCAAGAACAGCUACUGCUUCAGAAACUGCAUUUGUGUCUAUUGCUCCAAAAUAUGUGUAUACUCCCCUGAAUCAACUUAAAGAUGGAACUAUAGUGAAUUUAUAUGGCGUUGUGAAAUUCUUCAAGCCUCCGUAUGUUAGCAAAGGCACUGAUUAUUGCUCAGUUGUAACACUUGUGGACCCAUCAAAUGCGAAGUUAACUUGCACUCUUUUUAAUGGAAAUCCAGAUUCCCUACCAAAAAUUUACAAAGUUGGAGAUAUUGUUCGAUUUCAUAGAAUAAAGAUCAGGGAAUUCAAUGGACAAAUGCAGGGAAUUACCAGUGGGGGAUUUGCAUCCUUGACAUUUGAUGGAACUGUAGGAGCGCCUCUAGUUCCUCGAACUUCUAGCAAAAUGUACACUUUCAUGGAUGAAGAACAUAAAAGAAUAGAAGAACUACGUGUUUGGGCAGCCAGUAAUAUUUCCAUCUCUGGACCAGCAGCAAAACUGUCUAGUGUUCAGCCAAUGCUGUUCUUUGAUCUCACUUGCCAGCUGGUAGGAAAAGCACAAGUGGAUGGAUCUUCUUUUCUUCUAAAGGUAUGGGAUGGUACAAAAUGUCCCUAUCCAACAUGGAGAGUACCUGUGGAAGCAAAAGACAUGGAAGGAGAAAAGGCUCUUCUUCAUCAGCUGAGAAAUCUCACGGUGGACAUUCUAGUCUAUGAUAACCAUGUACAACUGGCAAAAUCGCUUAAGAUUGGAAGUUUUCUGAGAAUUUACAGCAUUCAUGCGAAACAAGCAAGUGCUGACAAUGAAGAUUUCUCGCAUAUAGAAUUUCAUCUUCAUGGUGGGACCUGUUACGGUCGAGGAAUAGGAGUCUUACCAGAAAAUAACCCCGAUGUUAAGGAACUAAAAGCGUUCUUAGGAUCUGUGGAUCUGGCAGACAGUCAGAACAUGGAAAGCAUGUCUUCAGUGGAAUUAGACGAUACUUUUAGCGUUUUUACAGAUUUUGAAUCGUACUUACAGAGAUGUCAGCAGUUAUCUGUUACAGUAUUAACAGAUCAUCAGCAUUUGAAUAACACAGAACUGAAAACCAUUAUGAACAGCACAGCUCCUCAACAGUAUCGCAUUAGAGCAAAGCUGAGAACCUAUAAACCCCAGAAGCUCCAUCAGUCUGUUAAACUCCAUUGUUCUAAAUGCAACUCUCUGCAAGAAGUUCCAGAUGGAGAUGAGUUUGACUUUAUUUUACAACGCUCUGCCAUUACUGCCCCAAACCCAGAAUUGCACAAUACAUCCUGGUAUGAUUCUGUAAUGUGGACUACGGAAGACCAGAAGCAAAGGAAAAUAACUAUCCAUUUCGUAAGGCAUGAUGAAUUGCUUCAACAGCCUGAAAACACCUUGCUUAUGAUAGAAGGUGGAACAUUAAAAGAAAUCUGGAAGCUCACAAAAAGAUUUAAGUGUGUUAUUCCUGUGAGAUCAACAGAGGAUGAUCUGGAAUUAUUAGAUCUUUCAGCUCCUUUUCUUUUACAAGGGAAUGUAAAAUAUUAUGGGUGCAAGCAGUGUUCGGCUCCAAAGCCUAUCAGGAAUCUAAGUUCCUUUGCAGCAGAAGAGCAACCAUCAUGGGAACCAACUGAAAUAGCACAAGUUUUAGGUAUUGAACUUCUCCAGUAUGUUUUUAUUAUGAAGUUUACUCUGGUUGAUGGAACAGGAGCACUAAAUGCAUACCUUUUUGAUUAUGAGAAGUUUUUCCAAAUUCCUGCCUCUGAAAUCUUAACUAGCAAUUUUCUUCAGGAAAAGAUGCAGAUGACCAUGAAUAUGCUCUGUCCUCCAGGAAGAAAAUUAGAUGACUUGCCAUGGCUGGAAUGCUUCAUCAAGUCCUAUAAUGUCAGAGAUGCAACGAAACAUCGAGUUUGUUACCAAAUUUUUGACACUACAGUUGCUGAAGAUGUUAUAUAGUCAUGUGUUGCUAUUAGAAAGUAAGCCAAUGAGGAAUUUUUGGGGGUGGUUGGGAUGUGAGACUGUAUUAAAAGAAAUCUUUGUUCCUUUCUCAGAAAUUCAACCUGUGUAUAUGAAUUUUUAGUUUGUUUAUGAAUGUGAAUGGGAAUUAUGCUUUGAUGUAUUUACUACAGCAUUGUGAUGCGAGAGCAAGUGGAGGUGCUAAGCUUUUCACUGGAAGCUGCUUGGCUCAGGUUGAUGGAAGCAAUCUAGUACCCAUCUAUCCUUCAAAAAGGCAGUCUUGAGGUUACUGUAAAGUGUUGAGUUUUACUCAGAAAUGUUGUCAGAAUUAUGCUUCUUGUUCAUUUUUGUAUAAUGUCAGCAAAGAUAGAAGGAGCUCUUUAGUAAACUCUUUCAGACUACUUUGUGCAAGCCUAUGUUACUGUUCUCAGCCAGUUUGACAGGGAGAUGGUUGGUUUUUAGGGACUUCUUUGAUUUUGCACUGAUGCAUAUAUUUAGACAGAACUCAUCCUCUUAAUAAUACUGAGGUAACUGCUACUUAUACCAGUUGCUGUACAUUCUGAUGGGGUUGUGAGCAUAACCAUGUAAUGAUUAGCACUAAAAUUAAAGUCAAGCCAUGAAAGUAA